CUAAUAAGAACAAAGAGGAAUGUUUAACCAUAAAUAGCUUCAAGAUACUCAUGGCAGAUUCAUCCAGUGAUUCAGACAACUUUCUUACGGGUCGAGUGGGAAGGCGGCCUUUGAGAGCAUCCCACAACAGAGCUCAGAACUAUGGUGCUGAAGAAGUUACAGAGAAGAUCCAUACUUUAGCAAGCACUUUGCAGGAUACCAACAGAAAUCUAAGACAUGUUGACCAUUUGCUAGGACAAUACAGAGAAUACAACAAGGAACAAACCAAAGCAAUAACAACUUUAAAAGAAACACUGGAGCAAUCUAUUGGUCAAUUAAGGAGCCAGCGGCUAGCACGAAACUCUGGAAUGAGAAGUGCAUCUCUCUCAAGUUUAUAUCCCAGUGACCUGGAUGUAGAAGGAACAUCAGGCAACCGCCACUUCCUGCCCACUUCUCCUCUCAGGGAUUAUGGAGAUUCACAGGGCAAUAAACAUCGAAGGUCUAGAUCUGCAAGUGUUCGAUUUGUCAAUGAGGCAGAUAAUGUGGACCAGCUGCAUUCUUUCCACCAGUCUCUUCGAGAUCUCAGCAGUGAACAAGUUCGCCUGGGAGAUGACAUCAGUCGUGAGCUUUCAAGAAGAAAUCGGACUGAUGCUGAAUUAAGAAAGACUUUAGAAGAAUUGUCUGAAAAGCUCACUGAGUCCCAAAGACAAGAAACGGUAUCAGAACGAGUAGAGAGAAGACUUCAGGAGAUAGAAGAAGAAAUGCGUGCUGAAAGACAGCUUGUAGAAAGGCGCCAGGACCAGCUGGGGCACGUGUCUCUUCAAUUACAGGAGGUUUUAAGGAAGCAAGAUGCUAAAGCAGAUGAAACAGAAGAAUUAAUGAGAAACAAACUUGUGACAUAUGAAAAUGAAAAGCAUCAGCUUGAGCAGGAAUUAGAACAGUCCCGGAAAAAGUUGAGUGAAUCUGAAGGCAGUAGAGAAGCUCUUUUGCAUCAGAUUGAGGAUCUUCGUUCCCAGCUUUUGAGAGCUGAAGAAGACCGUGUAGAAUUGCAACAUCAAAUUUCAUAUGCUGCUAUGCAUCGCCAGAGCUACCAGGAUGUACAAGAUGAUGACAGAAGAAUUAGAGCAGUGACUGAAAGAUAUGAGAGAGAGAAGCAAGAUCUAGAGAAACAUAUUUUGGAACUUAAAGCAAAGUUGAGUCAUAAUGCUGUAAUGUCAGAGGUAGAAGAACUGAAGAGAUGUAUAGAGCGUAAGGACAAGGAGAAAGCACAGCUCGUAAUGCACAUAGAGGGGUUAACAUCUGACCUGGAAAACAGGGAGAAGCAGCAGGAAAAAAUGCUGGACCAGCUAAAGGAGAUACAGAAUUGCUACAAGGCUUGUGAGAACGGACGUAGACAAACUGAACUCCAGUCUGCUGAGUUAGCUCAACAGGUUGAAGAGAGUACCAAGGAAGCAGAACGGUAUCUCACUGAAUUCAAGCAUUCAGAGGCACUCAGGCUGGAGAUUGAGAAAAAAAGAGAAGAUUUGAAAGUGAGAGCCCAGGAAACCAUCCGCCAAUGGAAAUUGAAGUGUAAGAAACUGGAUCGUGAGAUAGAAAAACAAAAUCAAACUAUCAGUGAGCUGAUGGACAAGAAUAGUCAGGCCCUCAAAGACAAAGAUGAUCUCAAAAGUCAGCUUCUCUCAGCUAUAAACCAGAUAGAAAACCUGCGGAAAGAGCUGGAUGAUGUGCUUACAAAGAGAGCCCAGCAGGAAGAACUCCUCCACUGUAAAGAGGUAAAACUGAAUGAAAUGCAGUCACACCAGGUAUCUCUUGAAGAAGAGAUCAAAGAAGUUCAAGGUACUGUAAAAAAACUGGAGAAUGAGUUGAAAAAACAAGUCUUUCUACAAAAUCAAAUGCAAGCUGAGAAGGAACACUUGAAGACAGAGCUUGCAACUAUUAACUUGUUUCAUAAAAAAGACCAAGAACAACUCCUAGAAAUGCAAGCAGAUGUAAAAAAUUUAAGCACUGUACGCGUGGAACUAACAAACAGAAUAGCAGAAGAGGAGAAAGCCAAAAAGGAAUUACUUAAGAGCCUCUCAGACCUCCAGAAACAGCAGGAAUCUAAUCAUGAAGACAUGAUUUCAGCUAACAGGCAGCUGAAGAUGGAAAGAGAAUUUCACCAACAGGAGUUGGCAGAUCUUAGAUCAGAGCUACAAAAUGUGAAAAUCAAACAUGAACAAAAUGUUCAAGAGCUCAGGAAACUCCUUAAACAAGAAAAAGAUGAUGCAGAGGCUCAGAUAAGAAUGCUAAAGAUGGAGCUUUUAGAAGAGAAAAACAUAAUCAAGAAUCAGUGUCGACAACUGGAAAAAAUCAAAGUUGAGUAUGAUAAAUUGACAGAAGAAUUAACCCAAAAUGAGGAAGAAAAUAUAAAACUGAAACGGAAAUGUGAGUUUCUAAAACAAGAACUGGAGAAAAAGGAAAAGCAGAUCAGCAAUGAAGAUCAUUUGAGAAAGAUGAGUGAGGCCAGACUGCAGUUUAAAGAUCAGCUGCGUCACUUAGAAAUGGAACAGCAAUCCAUUCUCUCCAUGAUAGGAAGUGAAAUUGAUGCUGCUUGUGAGAUCUUUUCUCGGGAGUCCAUGGAGAAAUUCAAAGCAAUAUCCCUUACACCAACAGUACUGAAUGAUCCUCAUCGCUGGUUAGCAGAAGCAAAGACUAAGCUUCAGUGGCUGUGUGAAGAGGUAAAGGAAAGAGAAAGUAAGGAAAAAAAGCUGCGAUGCUACUUGCUGCAAAGCCGAGAACAGCUCAAGCACUUUACACAGAAUUCUAUUAAUUAUAAUUUGUUGAAGCAGAUUGAAGUGCGUAGUGCAAGGACACUCAUAGAAAAGAUUUAUUAUGAAGAAAGAGAGCUACUAGAGAAGACACACAGAAGAGAGGAAGAAAUGGGAGCUCUCCAGGAACGUAUUAUGGCCUUAGAAAUGAGUACCCGAGUAGCUUUAAACCACCUGGAAUCUGUGCCUGAGAAACUGAGCCUGUUAGAAGAUCGCAAAGAUACUGGAGAGUCCCAUUUCCGAAUGGAGAUGAUUGAGGAGAGGUAUAUGAAGUAUAAAGACAUAGUGAGUUCUUUGCAGCAACAGCUGAAAGAUUCAAAGCAAAGAGUCAGGCAAGUCAAGGAUGUGAAAAGGGAUGCUGAAAUUUCUGAUAUAGAAGUGGUUGCUCACUCUUCCAGUUGGCGAACUCCAAACAGCUUUUUGUGCAGCUCACCGCUUUCAAGUUCAGGUUCACUUAUGAAAGGGAUGGUUCCUUUGGAUGCAAGUGCCACCAAGGAAGAUUCUCCUAAUGUUGCUGUUAGUGAAAUGAAGCUGCAAGCAGAAGGAGGAAAGCAGUAGAAUAUUUUACUAAGCUACACCAGUUUUCUCUGUGGUAAAUUCCAUUCUACUUUUCUUUGGUUUUUUGAACAGUGGUAAUUUCAUCUGUUU